AAGCAUUCUUAAUGAUCAUAGGCAAGGUAUUCGGCAAGGCAUACUGAGCCUAUCGAAUAGUCUCUCUUAUAACUUUCACAUUUUAACGUCCCAUUGCAUAUCUCGGCCAUAGGAAAAACAUCCUUUUAAUUGCGAGGCCAUUAUCUAUCAUAUGCGAAUUGCUUGACAAUGUUUGACGACACUCGAGAGGUGUCGCAUGGCCGCCAGGAACCAGCGAUUGGUCAAUCGGACUUCCGCCUGUCGGGAAAUGUUGAGAGGAUCUUAAGAAACCCGACAAAUCGGGAUCAUGCUCGUCGUUGGGCAAACAAUCUUCGCUUUUUGACUUUUGAUGAUAGCGACGGGAUUGGAUCUGGAGGCGAUUGCACUUCUCUCACCUCUGUCCAAAAUGAAAAGAGUCCUCUCCGCGGGCAGUGCCAACCUUGUUCCAAGAGAGUCCCUGUUCCAUCUGGCCAUAUGUGCGAAAGCCAUCUACUCAAGAAAACUCCAGAUCGAGAACUCGAGCUUCAUAAAUACGAUGACCCCUGCAUCCAUGUACGCGAGCACUCUUGCGACGAUUGCCAGCAUAUCCCUCUCUUCCCGAAUGAAGGAAAGGUAACCAAAUUUCGAAUCCGAAGGCUGUAUUCAUCGGAAAUUGCAGAUGCGGUGCGAUGCGAUGACUUUGUGGCUGUGUCAUAUUGCUGGUCCAAUGAGAAGGGCAAUGAUGGAACGACGCGGCAUCAGGUAAUUGAGGAAGAUGGAAGGGUCCGAGAUGCUAGGGCAUCGAACGCUACGAUUGAUCGGACCGUAGCUUUCGCCCGAGAGAACGGAUUUCGAAUGAUUUGGAUUGACCAGGAGUGCAUAGAACAGGACAAUUCAGAGGAAAAGGAACUUGCCGUCCAAGCUAUGGACUACGUAUAUCUAAGAGCGCACACGUCAAUUGGACUAUUUCGCGCUCAAUUGCAGCAUAAACAUCUAGAAUGCAUAUCACUUGCGUACGAAUCCCAGAUGAGUCGGUUUCAGAAGCGCCGUGGACGACGGCCGCUCCGAGGCUGUCUCAAAGUUAAUAUUAUGGUCAUGUGCGAGGCCGUUUCUAUGAUUAUUAAUGACAGAUGGAAUACUCGUGCGUGGAUCUUGCAAGAAGCCUUCGCUUCAAGUGGAAAUAUGGUUCUGCUAUUCCCUAGGGCCGAUAACGUCAACGUGCCCUCUUGGCUGUUGAUAUGUCACGAACUUUCUCAGAGUGAGCUUGCCAUGCAACUCGACACCGUUCAGAGCUGUCUACGAAUCUGCGCCCCUAUGAUACAACCAAUGGUCUCGAGCAUUCUGUAUACCAAGGAGAAUGGUGCCAGGAAAUACGGCGCUGGGCGGGAGAAAAGGUUUAAGGACCAGAAUGCCCUCGGAAACGCAGAUGAGAUACGGGAGACAGUAAAAAGGAUUAAUUUCUUUCAUCCUGUCUCGCCAACGCAAUCGGGUAAGCUUUGGAUUAACAACUCAAAGCCCAGACGCACUUGCAACGCUGCAAUGGCGCUGACAUACCUUCAAAUGCGAGACUUGGAACGUGUCGCAGAUAAACUUGCUAUUGUAGCCAAUAUUUGUAAUUAUGACUUCAGAGUCAACACGUCUGAGCUGGAUAAAACCGAAAGCAGGCUUGGGCCAUGUAUCAUGGCACUCGCUCUAGCUAAUGGCGACUUCUCAUUGUUAGUUCCUCAGAUGUACCGCACACCGGAAGAUAUUAAAUUUCCCUCUCAUGACGAUUCGGAGUUUUCGUGGUUGCACAAUCUUGCGCAAAAUCUCCAACACGCACAAUCGACUGACUGGAAUCCGUUUGGACCAACAUCUGGUAGCAAUAACGUCUCCGUGGUCCCUCUUUCCGAGAAAGGACUUUCAUUCGCUGGGUUCUUAUGGGCAGUGGACAGAUUCCUAGAUCUCGCGUCACUGCAAGUGAAGUACGGCGAAUCUUGGCGGGGUCUCCGAAAAGCGAAAGGGCUUUCUCAACCUCCACAGAGAACCAAGCAUCUUGCAACCACACAUCUUCUAUUUGAAACAAUCCAGCACCUAGUCUCCAUCGGCGAAAAAAGCGUGGCAAACUCCAUAUUUAAUUCGACUUCGAAUUGGCGAUGGAACAGUCGCGACAAUUUCCUGCAGAGCGACGUGAUAGAAUCUGUUGAUCAAUUUCCCUCUGGCUUGCAAGUAGAGAAUAGGAAGGGGAUGUUUGCUCUAGAUCCAAGUCCGGAUGGGUGGUAUCAUCAGUGUUGGCUCAUUGACAGAGUCAUGGAUAAAGGUGGAUUUUGGGUUGGACAUGAAACAGAGGACAAUUCUUUUGAUACGGUGGACGAAGCGGCCACCGAUCCCAAGACCGGGGCCGUUGUACAUCAAGUUGAAGACGAUCACGAGAUUUCGAUGAGAGACAAACACGACAGCAAUGACAGCAAGAUGUUAAUAGAAGACGGCAAGACAUAUGCUCCUAAUGACGGAGUAUCGGAUCCUAAUGCUCAGGCCACGGGUGACCAUAAACGCGAAUACUUAUCAGAAGAUGGUCACAGCAAAAAGAUGCGCGUAUACUCAGUACUAGCAAUGAUGUCGGACCUAGUAAUGGAGCAAGAUGUAACGGCUACGAAGCCGACAGAGGGCAUAUCCAAGUGGUCGAACAUCAACCCGCAGUCAAUGGCUCUUUUUGCCCUAUUAGCGAAUCAAGAAACUUCGAAAAAAGAGGAGACCUAUAAUCGGCAGGCUAUCUUCGAUCUCGAUGGGAAUUCCGAAAGGCGGGUCUUUGUACUCAUACCCUUACAAAUGACCCUUGAAUCCAUCCCGAGGCCUGCUAUGCGUAGCAAGAGCGUCUCGUGGAUUGUUGAAAAUCCUAAUGAAGUGACGUUAGAUAAUGAUAAACAAAAAUCAACAGGAGCACCAAGGAGGUUCAGGGUAAAGGGUAUGACGAAAGGAAUGUGGGAGUUUAUGAUAAAUCCCUCCGGGCGUUACGAAAUUAGUUGAAUUUAUUAUAAUGGGGAAGAAAAAAAAAAAGCAAAAAAAAAAAAAGCAAUGACAUUGAGGGGUAGCCAUGGGAGCGUUUUGAUUAGGUGCCUAGGUACCUAGGUACCCUAUAGUAAGCCGAAUUCAUAGGUGUUAUUGUACUGAAUCGCACUGUAAUUAUACGACCGAGUACCCUGAGGCCUAUUCUAACAUCGUUCUCAAUUUGCCCUUAUACCCAACUAUGACCAAUAGCGAUGAAGUUAUCGAUGAAAAUGGUCACACCGACAUUGAUGAAGACGAUGAUGCGGCAAGACAGCAGAUCACAGAGAUUAUAUCUUUU